ACAGAGAGAGUUUACACAAUUAUUUUAAAUCGUAAUCUUUAAUUUGAAAAGUUGCCAGCGCAACGUUUUGGUUGCGCAUUACCGUAAUGCAUAGAAUAAACAAUCGGUGUGGCUGCUGGCCUUACGAAGUAUGCUACCUGUACCGUGCACACGCCUAUAGCGUUUGGUACUUUCAAGGCACCAGUCAGCGAGGAUCUUCCACUGCUCCCAGGGUGUCGGCCUCCGGCAGUAACCACAACAAUCUGUCCUGUCUGGUGGCUAAUGAAGGAAUGUAAAUGUCUCAGGACAAGGCAGACCAGGAGGACGAGCUGCUUGCCUUAGCAAGUAUCUAUGAGGAGGAGUUCCAUCGAGCGGACUCUGCCCAGGGGGGCGAGAUCCAGCUCUGCGUGAAGCUUCCACCAGAUUUCAAAGUUGUUGUCAAAGGGGAGAAACAAACCGAAUACAAAAUCAGCUUCUUGCCUCCUUUGGUUCUCAACUUUGAGCUUCCUGAAGACUAUCCAUCCACAAAUUCGCCAGUAUUCACCGUUAGCUCAAAAUGGAUGACCAGAAGACAGAUGAGCUCUCUGUGCCGACGCCUGGAUGAAUUAUGGGAGGAGAACCAAGGAUGCGUGGUCCUCUUUACAUGGAUUCAGUUCCUCAGUGAGGAGGUGCUGGACUUUCUGGACAUCCAGUCUCCUCUCCUAGUCAGCAGGCAUGAACGUAAGGCGAGCGAGGAAUGCAGCAGGAAAGCCGACCAUACGGCCACAGAUGUGACACAGCAUGGGAGGACUUGCUCAAAGAAAACAUGUGACCAACAGCCUUCAUCAGGGAUUCCACCGCUGGACCCACGGGCCAUUGUGUCAUUGGACAUACGUCUCGACCUCUUGCCUCAUCUGCUGGACUUUGAUGAGGCGCAGCGCCAGAGGGUGUUUGACAUCACGCCGUUCUCCUGCAACAUCUGCUUCUCAGAGAAGCGCGGCGCCGACUGUCUCUGCUUUAAAGAGUGCCAGCACGUGUACUGCAAAGCCUGCAUGACAGAAUACUUCCAGAUCCAAAUACGGGAUGGCAACGUGCAGUGCCUUAAUUGCCCUGAGCCCAAUUGCUCCGCUUUAGCCACACCUAUGCAGGUCAAGCAGCUUGUGGAUGAGGAACUCUUCGCUCGCUACGACCGCCUACUGCUCCAGUCCAGUCUGGACCUUAUGGCCGACAUUGUGUACUGCCCCCGCCACUCCUGCGGCACGGCAGUCAUGGUGGAGCCCGAGACCACUAUGGGCAUCUGCUCAGUAUGCCAAUAUGCUUUUUGCACUCUGUGCAAGAUGGGCUUCCACGGAGUCUCCCACUGUAAAAUUCCCGCUGAGGAUUUGCGUAGCCUCCGAGACGAAUACCUGUCAGCUACGACUGAGGGCAAAAAGUUUAUGGAGCAGCGCUUUGGGAAAAGGGUAAUCCAGAAAGCUGUGGAAGAGUCCUUUAGCAGAGACUGGCUCAAUGAGAACUGCAAAUCCUGCCCUUACUGUGGCACCAACAUACAGAAAGUGGACGGCUGCAACAAAAUGACAUGCACUUCGUGCCGCCAUUACUUCUGUUGGCUCUGUUUGGGCCUGCUCAACAAAGCUAACCCGUACAGUCACUUUAACAACCCACAUUCACCCUGCUACAAACAACUCUUCCAUGGUGUGGAUCUGGACGAUGAAGAUGCCUUAUGGAGUGAUGAAGAAGAAGACUGACGUUCUUUGUAGUGCUCCCCGCCUGAAUGCACUUUGUUGUACACAAGUCUCGUUUCAUCUUCUGACUACUGCAGUGAUGUGUUCUUUUUUUCUGAUAUACACUCAUCAGGCACUUUAUUAAGUGCCCUGUAUUAUCGCGUCCAAUUACCGUAUUUUCCGCACUAUAAGGCACACCACAUUGUCAGGCGCACCUUCAAUGCAUGGCUUAUAUUAAAACUUUUUUCAAAGAAAGGAGCACCACAGUAUAAGGCGCAUAUAAUAGACGCUACAGUAAGGUUGGGGUUACGUGAUUCAUCCAUUAGAUGGAGCUGCACUAAAGGCUCAAUAUUGAUCCAUAUAUAAGGCACACCAGAUUAUGGGGCACACAGCCGGCUUUUGGGAAAAUUAAAAGCGUUUAGGUGCGCCUUAUAAUGCGGAAAAUACAGUAGAUGUCUUUAGAUAGCACGUUUCCUUUAUUGGGAUAAAGCAGUUUUCAUAUAGCUAUAUAAAGCAGCUGAGUAUGAGGCUACUAAAAUUCUCAAAAAAAAAUUCAGGGUGUAUGUUGCCAAAGACAUUUAUCCAUUUAAUGGGAUCUUAGAGUGAAGGAGACAUGUUUGUAUACCAUUUUUACUUGAACAGAAUGUUUGUUUUGCAAAUUAUAUACCAACAAAAGAGACACUGUUCAUUCUUUUAAUCACCUUUCUUGUCAUCAUAAGGGCCCUUGUUCAACUUCAAAAUAAAUGUCACCUGUCUUGGCAUUGAAA